AUGAAGGCUUUAGCGCUAGCUGUUGUCAGUUUACUGGCAAUUUUUUCUGUUAAUUGUGAAGUGUAUUUUGAAGAGAAAUUUCCCGAUGAUUCGUGGGAAUCCAAUUGGGUUUACAGCGAACAUCCUGGCAAAGAGUUUGGCAAAUUUAAGCUGACCGCUGGAAAGUUCUUCAAUGACCCUGAGGAGGAUAAAGGUCUCCAGACCUCAGAAGAUGCGAGGUUCUACGCACUCUCGCGCAAGUUUAAACCAUUCUCCAAUGCGGACAAACCUUUAGUUGUACAGUUCUCAGUUAAGCAUGAACAGGACAUUGACUGUGGAGGUGGUUAUCUGAAGGUGUUUGACUGCAAAUUAGAUCAGAAGGAUAUGCAUGGCGAGAGUCCAUAUGAAAUUAUGUUUGGGCCUGAUAUCUGUGGACCUGGGACCAAGAAGGUACAUGUGAUCUUCAGCUACAAGGGAAAGAACCACCUGAUCAAGAAAGACAUUCGCUGCAAGGAUGAUGUUUACACCCACUUGUACACUCUGAUUGUUAAACCUGACAACACGUAUGAGGUCCUCAUUGACAAUGAGAAGGUGGAGUCUGGAGAACUUGAAGCUGACUGGGACUUCCUGCCACCCAGGAAGAUCAAGGACCCUGAAGCUAAGAAGCCUGAAGAUUGGGAUGACAGGCCCACAAUCCCUGACCCUGAGGACAAGAAACCCGAAGACUGGGACAAACCUGAGCACAUUCCAGACCCCGACGCGAACAAGCCUGAGGAUUGGGAUGACGAGAUGGAUGGCGAGUGGGAGCCACCAAUGAUUGACAACCCUGACUACAAAGGUGUUUGGGCGCCGAAGCAGAUUGACAACCCUGCGUACAAAGGACCCUGGGUGCACCCUGAGAUUGACAACCCUGAAUACACCCCAGACCCUAAAUUGUACAAGAGGGACGAACUUUGCGCUGUCGGUCUAGAUUUAUGGCAAGUUAAGUCUGGCACCAUCUUUGACAAUUUCCUAUUUACCGAUGACCCGGAGAUUGCCAGAGAACGCGGUGAAGCCUUAAAGAAGACGCAAGAAGGCGAGAAAAAGAUGAAGAAUGAACAGGAUGAAGCAGAGAGGGAGAAGAUAAAGAGUGAGAAGCCUGAUGAAGAGGAUGAUGAUGAGGACCUCGAUGAUGAGGCGGGUGAAGCUGCGCCAGUUGAGGAGCACGAUGAGUUGUAA